UCACAUAUGGAAAUCUGACAAACGGAUAAAAGCCAUUACGGCACCACACCAAACUCCCUCACUAAUCAAAAGAGACACGGGAUGAGAGAUGAUUCUUCCUCGGUCUCAGUCACAUUCCCCAAAUUUAAUUGCGGGGAUAACCUCAUCCCUUGUCCCUUCCUGCAGUGAAUGUCCGAUCAAUCAAUCACUAGCUGACCGAAUGCAGUAAUUCUUUUGACUCUUGAGCCUCCGCGGUUAGCUCUUACUGAUUAGAAAAGCAGCUCAAUAUCUCUUUGAUGUUUUUGGGAUUUUUCUUCCCACUUCCUGUUCAUAUUCUCACGUUACAUUUUGCCUUCUUUGGCCUUUUCAAAGGUGCGUUGUCGAUCGCGUUUGGCAUUUCAUCUUAAUGCAGAGCCAAGGAAGAGGAAUAUGAGAAUGGGAUUACUCGGUUCAAAAGACAGUGAGUACCGACUAGUCUUGUUUAUUAUUUACCAUCAUCACAAUUCUAUCUCGAUGAUUUUGUGUUCUUCCAGUGUAGAAGAUGAUCUCAAUGGAAACAUCACGAUGGAUAUAAGUGUGUUCAUUGACCGGGGAUCCAAUAUCUCAGCCAAUCCGAGGUCCUCACGCCUUGUGAUGAUCAAUCUAACUCAAUCCAGAGCAAACGGGAUCUUCCCCUCAGCCGUCAUUGUCAGACGAUCAAGAAGUUGGUUUCAAAUCUGAAAGCAAUAACAGCUACGUUCCCAAUAUUCCAGCUGGGCAAGGACAAAUCGAAUUCGAUGAACUCCACGUGGUUUGCCCUCCACACACGACGGAGGCAAAACUUAUGCGGAAAAUCGAUUUACGUGUGAUACCAUUCUUGUAAGUAAAGUACCCAAGUACCUCAAAUAUCAAUCUGACUCUUACAGAUGUAUCUUGUACCUUUUGGCAUUUUUGGACAGAGUUAAUAUCGCCAAUGCAAAAUCUUUCAAGCUAGCAACCGACUUGGAUUUAACCGGAACUGAAUAUAAUACCGCCCUGACCAUCUUCUUCGUUCCAUAUGUCUUCUUCGAAAUCCCAUCCAACAUUCUCAUGAAACGUCUAAAUCCAAAUAUUUGGCUUUCAACUCUCAUGUUCCUCUUCGGUCUCGUAAGUAUCUGUCAAGGACUAGUCCAAAACUUCGGCGGACUACUCGCAACUCGUUUCUUCCUUGGACUUUUCGAGGCCGGUAUGUUUCCAGGUUGCUUCUACCUUAUUGGUAUGUGGUACAAAAGAUCAGAAGCUCAACGUCGCUACUCCUUUUUCUUCAGUAGUACCACAUUAGCCGGAGCAUUCGGGGGUCUCCUCGCUAGCGCUAUUGGAAAAAUGGACGGAGUAAGAGGACACUCUGGAUGGAGAUGGAUAUUCAUUCUCGAAGGUGUCCUUACCUGCGUCGUAGCCCUAGGAUUUUUCUUCCUCAUCCCUUCUUUCCCCGAAGAUGCAAAAUGGCUCACCCCUGAUGAGCGCGCAUACGUUAAAGCCCGUCUACAAGUCGAUCAAGGUCGAAGUGCCGCUGAACGCAAAAUCACAUUUAAAGACGCACUCCGCGUAUUCAAAGACUACAAAAUCAUUCUAGGAGGUUUCAUGUAUUUCGGUAUGAUAAUCCCCGCAUAUGGCUACGCAUUUUUCGCACCAGGAAUCAUAUCCACCUUUGGAUACACGCCUAUUCAAACACAACUCCACAGCGUACCCCCCUGGGCUUGCGCCUUUGCUUUCGCUAUGAUCAUUGCUUUCUGCUCCGAUUUUACUCGUCAUCGUUUCGCCUUUACUAUUGCCCCCAUCUGCGUAGCAAUAACAGGUUUCGCCAUCCUCCUUACCAUCCACGAUAACACCAAACUCCAAUACGCAGCCCUCUUUCUCGUAGCCAUGGGUGCUUAUUCUGCCAUGCCAGUGAUUGUCUGUUGGUUCAAUAUGAAUCUAGGAGGACAUCAUCGCAGAAGCGUCGGUACGGCUUGGCAAGUCGGUUUCGGAAACGUAGGUGGUAUUAUCGCAACAUAUGCUUUCUUGGCAAAAGAUGCACCGGAAUAUAAAAUGGGUUAUGGGAUUUGUUUGGGAUUUCUCUGCUUGAGUGCAGCUAGUUGUUUGGCGUAUUUUUUGGCGACUUUAUUGGAGAAUAGACAGAGGGAUAGGAGACCGAGGGAUUUGGGUCUGACUGAAUAUGAGAAGACAGAGUUGGGUGAUUUGAGUCCGGAUUAUAGGUAUCAGUUGUGAGAGGGGAAGGGGGGAGGAAGGAGGAAGGAGGGUUGUGGUUGUGGCUUUUUCGAUAGAAGAGGGAGACUAUAGAGAUUGUGGAAUGGACUGGAAAAGUUGAGAGUCAGCGUUAGGUUAAAAGAGAAGGAGAGAGGGGAUAACGGAUUAUAAAUUUGAAUAAAAAAAGAAGAUAUCACUUAUAAAAUCUUAUAAUUAAU